GCAUUGGUCAUUGUCGUGUCAGCGGAUUUUUGGAGAUUUUAUUCGGAAGAUUUUGCAAAGGUCUAUGUGCGAUUUCUUGGCUCGUUGAUGCGAGAGUCUGAAAAGGCUGGCAUGCUAAAUGGAGUUGUAUGGUACUUGAUCGGAGUAAUUGCUGUCCUCAGUGCCUAUCCGCGAGAUGUGGCUGUUGUUUCGAUCCUUAUAUUAUCGUGGGCGGAUACUGCUGCCUCAACCAUUGGCCGUCUGUAUGGCCCAAAGACAUCCAAACUGCCCCCGAGGGUGUUUGGAUUCAUCCCCCUUAUUCCGCGGAAAACUGUGGCGGGAUCGUCAGCCGCGCUAGCGGUCGGUUUUUUUGUUUCGGUGGUGUUCUGGGGCACAUGUACUUAUGGGAUGGGACGUGGAGUUGAGGAGAGCUGGUGGCAAUGGGGUCAAACUCAUAAUGGCGGAUGGGGAGGCUUGAUAAUGCUGGGGUUUGGUGUUGGUUUAAUAUCAAGUCUGGUAGAAGCCCUGAGUGUGUUUCGGACUUCAUUCCCUGCCCCAAGCAUUGACUCAUUUCCAUUACACACAGACCUGGGCUCAUUAGAUGAUAACUUAACUCUUCCGAUCCUCGGUGGUGCCGCCAUCUGGGUUUGGCUGAUGCUGCUUAGACAUUGUACCGUAGCAAUCUUCUGA